CUUGCUUUUCUUUAACCUACUAUUAUCCCUUCUAAUAAUUAUGAUUUAAACUCAUAAUUAAGAGCUAUAUAUAAUCUAAACUAUUACCUUUCAUUUUAUAUAUACACAUAUUAAAGGGUAAUAUUGCAUUAAUAUGUUACUCAAAAAGAUAAUCAUGAAUACAAAACCUUCCAAGGCUUUGGUAAUUAGAAUAAAUGUCAUACUCUUUGCUUUGUUUAUAGUUGCUUAUUGCACUCUUCUUCUUGCCCCUUUUUCUUCUACAAAUCAAGGAAAUAAUGUUGCAAUAUCAUCCCUCCUUCACAAGGGCGUAGAAGAUGGCGUGAAAAUGAAGGCAAUAAUAGAAGAGCAAGAAGUUAGAUCACAUGAUGUCAUAAGGUCCAAAAUCAUAAGUACAAAAAGGGAAAAACCAAAAUUCCUAAAAGAGAUGGGAAUAAGAGGAAUGAUAAUAGGAGCAAUAAACAUGGAAAAUGAUGAUCUUAGUGAAUGGAACAAAAAUGGAGACACAAUAAUAAAAAUUCCCAUAGAGAAAGUAUCACAACUUUUUGAAUGGAAACAUAUAUUCCCUGAAUUCAUUGAUGAAGAAGAAGAGAAUGAAGGUUAUUCAUGUCCCGAGAUCCCGAUACCGAGUUUCCAAGAGUAUGGGAAUUUAGACAUGGUGAUAGCUAAUUUGCCAUGUAAUUUGGAAGAGAAAGAUGGGUGGAAUAGGGAUGUGUUUAGGUUACAAGUACAUUUGAUUGUAGCUAACUUGGUUGUCAAGAAAGGUAGGAGAGAUUGGUAUGGAAGAAGUAAAGUGGUAUUGUUUAGUAAGUGUAGACCAAUGUUGGAUUUGUUUAGGUGUGAUGAUUUGGUUAAAAGAGAAGGAGAUUGGUGGUUUUUUCAUUCUCAUAUGGGGAAACUUGAGCACAAAGUUAACUUGCCUAUUGGAUCUUGUAACCUAGUUUUGCCCUUAUGGGGAGAAGGGGUGAACGAAGUGUACGAUACAUCAAAUAUAGAAAAAGAAAGAAGAAAAAUGAGAAGACGAGAAGCGUACGUGACAGUAUUACACUCCUCAGAAGUGUACGUAUGUGGUGCCAUAACUUUAGCACAAAGUCUUGUUCAAACUAGUACAAAACGAGAUCUUGUCAUUUUGAUAGACAAAUCGAUUUCACUCCCUAAACGAGAAGCUCUCAUAGCAGCUGGUUGGCAGAUCCGUUUGAUAAAACGGAUCCGUAACCCUAGAGCUGAGAAAGGAUCCUACAACGAAUACAACUACUCAAAAUUCCGGCUAUGGCAACUUACGGACUAUGACAAGCUAGUUUUUAUUGAUUCUGAUAUAAUUGUAUUACGUAACUUAGAUCUUCUAUUCCAUUUUCCUCAGAUAACCGCGACAGGAAAUGAUGGAUCUAUAUUUAACUCAGGAAUAAUGGUAAUUGAACCUUCAAUAUGUACUUUUCGAACCCUAAUGGGGCUUCGAAAAGAGAUAACAUCCUAUAAUGGAGGCGAUCAAGGGUUUCUAAAUGAGGUAUUUGUGUGGUGGCAUCGACUUCCUAGACGUGUUAAUUUUUUGAAGAAUUUUUGGUCAAAUACAACACUCGAAAUUAAUAAAAAGAACAAUUUAUUUGGGUCGGAUCCUCCUAAAUUAUACUCAAUACAUUACUUGGGUUUAAAGCCAUGGUUUUGUUAUAGGGAUUAUGAUUGUAAUUGGGAUCUUGUAGAUCAACAUAUAUAUGCUAGUGAUAUUGCACACAAGAGAUGGUGGAAGUUACAUGAUUCAAUGGAUGUUAAGUUGCAAAAUUUUUGUGGGCUUACUAAGGAAAGGAAAAGGGAUUUGGAUUGGGAUAGAAUGCAAGCCAAUAAGUUUAAGAUUAAUGGAGAUCAUUGGAAGAUCAAUAUUAGUGAUCCUAGAAGAUUUAUUAUACAAUAAUUCUUGUUAGUUAAUUCUAUUAUUUUUGUAGCAAUGAGAUUUUUUUUGGUAACUAUUAAUGGUGAUUUUUUUUUUUA